GAGAGUGAGCCCUGAGGCAGCGCGAUGCCGGGGAAGUUGCUGACUCCAUCCCCGAACUGGUACUGCAGCUGCUGUAGCGAUACCAACCCCCGGGGAAUCCUCGGCUUCGGAGCCAAGAACAGCAUCUUCCUGCUGGAGAUCAGUCCAAGCCAGCCUCUUGUCCUCGGAGAGUUGGCAGGACACACGGAACGGGUCACUGGGUUCACCUUUUGUCAGCACCCGGGUCUCGAAGAUAUCUGUGCCAGUACGUCUGAUGACGGCACUGUUAAGGUCUGGGAUAUUCGGACUAAAAGUGUACUGCAGGAACACUCAGCUCACCAGAGUACCAUCACCGCUGUGCACUGGUCUCCCCUGAAGAAGGAGCUGGUGGUUUCUGGAGAUGAGAAGGGGAUUGUGAUCUGUUGGUGGUAUAACAAGAAUGACACACGCCACUUUUUCCCAGAACCCCGAACCAUCUUCUGUCUCUCCUGCUCGCCUCACAAUGAAGACCAGGUGGCCGUGGGGUAUAAAGAUGGGAUGAUUGUCAUCAUCGAUAUAAACCGGAAAGGGGAGGUGAUACACAGAUUGCGAGGUCAUGACGGAGAAAUUCAUUUUCUCUCCUGGUGCCCUCAGCUCUGCGAGCCGCAGUUCCUCAGUGACAUGUCCUCAGAUACACUGGAGCUGAACGGUGAGCUCACGACAGAGGACGCGACAAAGGACUGUUUCCUGGCAUCGGGAAGCAGGGAUCAAACAAUCCGAGUCUGGAAUGUCACAAAAGGCAAAGGUGUGGUCACUUUGAAGUUGCCAUCACUAAAACGAAGAGGAGGAGGAACUGACAUGGGAAUAAAGGAGCGGAUUUGGCUGACAGUGCAUUGGUCUCGAACCUGUGUCACCCAGUUGUUCUCCAGUUGUUUCGGGGGAGAGCUGCUGCUCUGGGAUCUGACCAAGGCGGGGAAGCAGAAGUGGACACUGCUGGGGUCAUCAUCAGAAGGACAGAACCACAGCAGGAUUGUCUUCAACUUGAGUUCGGUCUCCCUCCAGGAUAACCAUGAGCUGCUGCUCUCUACCUCGAUGGACCGAGAUGUGAAGUGUUGGGAUCUGAAUACACGGGAGUGUUCCUGGACGCAGCCUACACUCGGGGGCUUUGUGUACAGCCUGGCAUUCUCUCCUGUGAAUAUCGGCUCCCUCGCUGUAGGUGUGGGUGACGGCAUGAUCAGGGUGUGGGACACCCUCUCCCUCCAGCGUGCUUAUGACAUCAAGACCCUGUGGCAAGGAAUUAAAUCCAAGGUCACAGCUUUAUGUUGGCAUCCCACCAAAGAGAGCACGUUGGCAUUUGGAACUGAUGAUGGCAAAGUUGGCAUUUAUGAAAUUUAUUCCAACAAGCCCCCUCAGAUUUCCAGCUCCUAUCACAGGAAAACAGUUUACACCCUGGCUUGGGGCCCACCACUGCCCCCCAUGACAACUGGUGGGGAUGGGGAUGGGCCGGGUGUGACCCUGUACAGCUGUGCGGGCGAGGGUAUCAUCCUGCAGCACAACCCCUGGAAACUGACGACAGACGCCCAGGACAUCAAUCGGUUAAUCCGGGAGACCAAUGGAAUCAAGCAUAAACUUCCAGGUCGCAGUGAACUGAACUGGAAACCUGAUGGUAAAAUCCUGGCUAUUGGAAACGAUGAUGGGUCGAUUGAGAUCUUCCAGGCUCCUCGCUUGAAGCUAUUGUGCAUCAUUCAGACGCACCACAAGCUGGUGAACGCUAUUCGCUGGCAUCACCCACAUGGCACACAGCCCGAGCUUGGCUCCCUCAUCGCAUCCGGCUCCAACAAUGCCACUGUCUACGUUCACAACUUGAAAACCGUCCUGGAGAGCCCUCCGGACACUGCGAUAAUAGUGACUGAGCCAUACAGGACGUUACCAGGGCAUACUGCAAAGAUCACAAGCCUGGCCUGGAGCCCACACCACGAUGCAAUGCUGGUCUCUGCCUGCUAUGAUGGCACUGCGCAGGUUUGGGACGUCCUGAAGGAGGAGCCUCUGAGCAACUAUCGGGGACACAUUGGGAGAUUGCUGGGAGUUCAGUGGUCUCCAGUCGAUCCUGACUGUGUAUGGACAGGAGGCGAUGACUUCACUGUACGGCAAUGGGAGAUUUCAAAGCAACAGCACACCCAACCACCCAGAGCAGGAAAGAAGUCCAUGGAGUUGGAGAAGAAAAGAACCAACUGCUCGAAAACCAAAUCCAAAAAGGUCAGGAAGCGAACGGAGAAAGGGAGCAUGGGGCAAGAAGGAGAAGAGAGCCAGGAGAACAUGACCCAGCAUGUCGUGGGCAGCAGGAAUGGCAGUGCUGACCGGGCCGAGGAGGAGGAGGAAGACCGUUGGGACGAAACCAAGAUGGCAAAGCAGUCCAAUGAAACCCCUCGAAUUGCGGUUUCACUGGACGAGCCCAGAGCGCAGGAGAAAAUGGAUUCCAUUCUUCCCAACAGCCUACGUGCCGUGGUGAGCCGAACUCCCCAGGUGAAGCCAGACCGGCCGAAAGACGAGAGGAGGAGGGAGCGCGCAGAGGUGCCUGUGAAGAAGAAGAAGGGGCGAUCGGUUCUCCCACUCAGUACCGUCAAUGAUCACCAAUCAAAGGAGCAGCUCCUCUCGGACUGUGUGAACCUCGCAAACAUCCUCUACUCGAAAGAGUCUGAGCGCCAGAGUCGGCCAGGGUCGGGAGAUGAAAUCCAGCUGGGUCUCUUUGUGGACAGGGCAGCUGUAUACAGGAUGUUUGAGGAGGAAGGGCAGAAUCACCUAGAAGCUGGGCACUCCGAGAUCUGUUACCAGCUGAUGUUGUGGAAAGGCGAUGUCAGAGGAGCUUUGGAGAUGGCCACUGAGAGGGGGGAGCUGAACGAUGCUUUAGUUGCUAUGGCGCCCAUGGCUGGAUACACUGUUUGGAUGCGAACAGUUGAAGCCUUUUCCAAACAGCUGUGUUUCCAGGAACAGUAUGUGAAGGCUGCCACUUACCUGCUGUACAUUCACAAGGUCUAUGAGGCAGUGAAACUCCUCCAGUCUCACCAGCUGUUUCGAGAAGCCAUUGCCAUCGCUAAAGCCCGUUUACAGCCUGAUGAUCCAUUGUUGAAGGAGCUUUACACCAACUGUGCUAGUUUCAUGGAGAAAGACGGCCAUUAUACAAUUGCAGCCAAAUGCUACCUGACAGCCCAGUCUCCUUACGAUGCGGCUAAGAUCCUGGCAAGGAAGGGUGACGUGCCUUCGCUACGGACCGCUGCAACAGUGGCGUCGAUCGUUGGGGAGCAGGAGCUGUCCUCCUUGUUCUCCUCCAGGUGCUCCUUGGACCUGUUAGCUCAGCGUGACUGGCAGGGGGCACAAGACAUCCUGCGCCCGCAGGAGGAUUUGCUGGGGCAAAGGUUGGUGCUGUGCACGUAUGAGUUACUGUACCGGUAUCUUGCCGAUGGGAAUCUGAUUCUGUGGAAGAAUACGAACCCACCCUGCUACCACGACUGGACCUUACGGAGGGAUGAACCCCUUGUUCAUUUGGUGAUUGCAGUCUGGCAAAGUGAGUUUGGCAUCACAGCAGCCGACCCAGAGCGAUUGAAGAGUGCUCAUCAGCAGCUGAGGAUAACCGAACAUCCGGAGACAUCUCCCAGCACCCUUCCCAGACUGCUGAUGUUGUACUUGGCUCAUGACCUUAGUCUAGCCAUAGCUUGCUGUCUGCUGUCUGACUGGAGCCAGAUGGUCACUGCCUUACUCAAUGCUGUGCAUCGCUGUAUUAGUGCCGGAGACUUCACUUUGAUGCAGGAAAUCAGUAAGAUCGCUCUCUCGGACGGAGAGGAUUUCACUUCUGACCUGGAGGUCAAGCUGCCUGGCACUGACCACAUCACCCUAGCGGCUCUCCACAGCCUGAGAGCUUUCCACUGUCACGGACAGGUGUACCAGCUGUGGUGGACACUGGCUGCAGAUCAUUCCGGAAUGCCCCCAGGCAGGCAGCAGGCCGACACAGAGGAGAAGGAGAAGGGGCUGCAGGUGGAUGGAAUGCAGGGGAGCCUAGACCAACCAGCAGAAGUCCCCUUUGACCUUGGGAAGCCCAUGGGGGUGCCCCUGCCUGCAGCCAGCAAGCUCCCGUCCAGCUGUGCCGCAUUGCUGUCACCUGAACAUGCCAGACUGCAGGCCUUGCGCAGGCAGAUGGCUGACAUUCAACAGGCAGUAGCACGGCUGAUCAGUCAGCACCAGAAGCAUUUGGCCAAGCCAGAGGAGGCUGAGCAAGGUGGGCCAGGCCUGGACCAGGGGCCUGAGUCUGAACCUGAACCAGCAGAAAACCCCACAUCAAACCAUCAUGGUUCUGAGCCUCCUUUCAGUAAGGAAGCCAGCUCCAUGACAACUCUGAUGGAACAGCUACAGGACAUCACCCAGCGGCAGUCCGAGUUGCCGGAGACUGUGAAGCUUCACCCUUUCCCUGAUGUGGUUGAGAGCAGUCUCGUCAUCCUCUCCAUCUCCUCACUUGUCCCGUCCGUCGUUCCCUCGGAGAUCCGAAACCGAGCUGUGAUGCUACUUCAGACCUACGGGACAGCUAAGCCCUAUCAAAGGGCGUUGCAGAGAAUCCUCCCAGGGACAGCCUGAACGAGGAGAGAUGGCAUUGGAAAAGCUGCUAUCGGGGACUCGGACCUGGGGACAUUUGCAACAGGAGAGAUCAGGGAUUCAGUGGGAGAGGCCUGCAGUUUGACAUUGUGAGGGGGCAGCACCAGGUUGCACUGAAAGCUGCCCCCUCAGCUGUUCACUGUGGUGAGGGAGAAGGGAUCAGAGUGUGACUGUUUACAUGGACCCAGUUACUGUAAUAACACUGACUGCCAUCGCAAGCUGCCCCUGGUCAGGUUGACGCCAUUUGACCAUUAACUCCUUGUUUGCUCCUGAUCUCCUGCAUUCAACUUGUUUAUUGCUCCCUCUGCAUUCCCACAAUUUUCUGGAUCUUGGCACAUUCACAAUGUGACCUGAAGGAUCUUUCUUUUGUUUAGUUUGGAAGAAAGGAAGACCCCUAAAUAUGUAAUGUCUCCUCUAUAAAUAUACCUCUCUCUCUCUCCCACUCUCUUCUGUACACCCCACCUAUCUGACAUUUUCUCUCCCUCUCUCUCUCUCUCUCUCUCUCUCUCUCUCUUUCUGUCUACGCCCAUUUCUCUGCCCCCCCAUCUGAUGGUAGAGUUGAAGCUGCUUUGACCAGUUUUACUGUGGGUUACUAAACCCUUAGGCGGCCCCUUUGUGCUGCCUUUGGAGUCUGUCGCCUGCUUUCUGUUCAUCAGCCUGGCCCUUCACUUGUCAAGUGCUCUCCCCACAACCCAAACCCCUCUGGCUUUCCUAACUGAGCCUCUACAGGGUCCCAGCCUGCUGCAGAACAUGCCCUGGCUCCUUGCUACUCCGGAGAACUCCGAUCAGUGUGAGUCAAGGCUGUCCAAUCACUGUCUGAAACACACUUGAUCCGCCUCUAUCUCCCUUAGUUUGCACAGGCUGCCAUUGAGAAGUAACUAAAAGAAAAUUACUGACCUUACUUUCUGCUGUCCCUCCAGAGACUGCACGACAUCAGUUUUAUUUGCAGGGUCAUCUAGAAGUCAGUGGCAAAGAAGCUGGAGUUUGGGGUCAUUGAGGUUUGAGUCCCUGUCCCAGACUGUGGGGCACCUGGGCAGAUCAGGAAGCUUAGUGUCCAGCUCGGCUCCUGGGACUGACCUCCCAGGGGAAUGACCGAACAAACUGACAGAGAGACGCACGGUCCCAGCUGUGGAUUAAAUGUCUUUCACGUUUAACACUGAUAACAGUUGCAAGUGGCUUCCUUGUCCUUAUGACAUUCAAGAUGUUACAUUGCUGAGAGCGAAUAGGAUUGUCUUUUUCUGAUUUGUGACUGGGUAGUGAAUACCACCUUUUUAUACUAAUAAAAACUAAUAAAAGUUGUUCCACUAAAA